AUGUCCUACCCCCAAAAACUCCUCAUUAACAAAAGAUCCUCUCUUCACUAUCUCCUCAGCGAUAUACCCCCGGUUCUGCACUCCUUGCAAAAUCCGGAUUUUGCGGUAAUGUCACUUGAGCUUCUCUCCUGCAAGAAGUAUACGAAGAAUGGCAAUAAAGUCAUCAUCAAAGUCUCAAACAGAUCCUGCAUCUUCCACUCAGAACAAUGGUUGCGGGAUACGAUAUGUGAUAAAGUGGGGUUUCGAAUGUAUGUAUGUGGUUUUUAUCAACAGUCCAAGCAAACCGCGGUGGUAGUGAGUGUGGACAUUGAGCAACAGAAAGCGGGGAAGACUGUCAAAGUCGACUGGCAAGUUGGUGAUUUGGUUAAACCCAAGAUCUCGUAG